ACCCCGGGGGGAGGGGGGGGCGGCCCUUGGACCCGCGGCGAUCGCAGCCGAGCGGGGCCGGGCCAUGGCGGCGGCGGGGCAGAACCUGGCCGUGGUGGUGCACCGCGCCGGGGACCUGCGGCUGGAAAACCGUCCGAUCCCAGAACCAGGUCCCAAUGAGGUCCUGUUGCGGAUGCACUCCGUUGGGAUCUGUGGGUCUGACGUUCACUACUGGCAGCACGGGCGGAUCGGGGAUUUUGUGGUGAAGAACCCCAUGGUGUUGGGGCACGAAGCUUCUGGCACCGUGGUCAAGGUGGGAUCAGGAGUGACUCACCUGAAACCAGGCGAUCGAGUGGCCAUUGAGCCUGGUGUCCCAAGGGAAGUGGAUGAAUUCUGCAAAAUCGGCCGCUAUAACCUCUCCCCAACCAUCUUCUUCUGUGCGACACCUCCGGAUGACGGGAACUUGUGCCACUACUACAAGCACAGUGCCAGCUACUGCUACAAGCUUCCAGAUAAUGUCACCUUUGAAGAAGGAGCCCUUAUCGAGCCCCUUUCAGUGGGGAUCCAUGCCUGCAAACGGGCAGGAGUCACUCUGGGAAGCAAAGUCUUCGUGUCCGGCUCUGGACCGAUCGGCCUCGUGAAUGUGCUAGUGGCUAAGAUGAUGGGUGCAGCAGCUGUGGUGGUUACAGAUUUAUCAUCCUCUCGCCUUCAAAAAGCCAAGGAGGUAGGGGCAGAUUUCACCAUCCAGGUGAAGAACGAAAGCCCACAGGAGGUGGCCUCCAAGGUGGAAAGCCUGCUUGGCUGCAAGCCCGAGAUAACCGUGGAGUGUACGGGAGUGCAGGCCUGCAUCCAGGCUGGUAUUUACGCCACUCGUUCUGGUGGGACCUUGGUGCUGGUGGGACUGGGCCCUGAAAUGGUGACUGUGCCCAUUGUCAACGCGGCUGUGCGGGAGGUGGAUAUCCGGGGCAUAUUCCGCUACUGCAACACGUGGCCCGUGGCAAUUGCUCUGCUCGCAUCGAAGCGGAUCAAUGUCAAGCCCUUGGUCACACACCGCUUCCCACUGGAAAAGGCUCUUGAGGCAUUCGAGACCACCAAGAGGGGCGAGGGGGUAAAGGUCAUGCUGAAGUGUGACCCCAGCGACCACAACCCUUGAGAUGCUGCCGUGCCCGGCCCUGUCCCCAUUACCCCGCCUGCCCGAGAUGUGAAGCAUGAGGCCACAGAAGGUGGACGUGUGGCUGUCGCAUGUUUCACCAUCACCUUGUGCAGGUGCUGUUUUGAAAUAGAGCUAUAAAAUCAACUGAUAAUGAGGGUGAAUGAUACUGCAGGAUGCACCACUAGAGGAUUAGCAGUAACUACAAAGGGAGAACCAAUAGUUUGAAUCAAAAUGCUGCUGUUCAGGUAGAGAUGGUGGUUUGUGUGGUUGGCUCUGCUUCGGCAGAUCCCAUGAGUGGAAGGGGAGGCGAGGUUGGAGAUGGUGGUACUCCACUGUCUCCAGCACUGCCCUGGGCCAGCUUUUCCCACACAGCCAACCCUGGGCAAUAGGCAGCCCUGUGUGAAUACUCCCCGUCCCAGGCAUACCUUCCCUCUGGGACACUCGGCAUGGGACAGCCUGUGGAACAAAGCCUGCCCAGCCCACCUCUGCGAGAAGCAUCUGCCUGUGCAAGUCAUUCUCCUUGUGCUCUUUGCAAACCUUGAGCCAAAAGCUCAAAGCUGGGAGCUGUUCUGAAGAAGCUGGGGUCACAUCUGCUGCGUCCUCCCUCCGGCAGCUCCCAGAGGGCAGGAGCAAUGCCAAGAGGGCUCUGGGGUCUGCAGGGACACUGCCUGGCUCUCGUGGGACCAUGGAGAGCCCUGUCCUUGCGUGGCUGCCAAAGAGGGGCUGCAGCACGGGGGGGCGUAGCUCAGAUUUAGCACAGAGGGGGAGCGUGGGGAAGGAGCGAGGGGCCAAUAUCACUGCCAAUGAAUUGAAGCUUUUUGGGGCUGUCGGGCCUUCCUGCUGAGUUUGUGAGCCAUGAACAAGGUACUAGCAAGGCAGCAGGGUGCAGAUAACAAAAUCUAGUCUUCGAUUAUGGUUGAAUUGUAAUACUGGGAGAUCAGUCCCUUCCCUGGGCCGGUACUGGAUUUUCCUCAAUAAAUACUGCCU